AUGGCGCAAGAACGCCAAGGCUUAUCUCGAACUCUUCCCAAGAGCUUCACAUUCUCUUCCCUCGAUACAACUUACCCAAGAACUCCAGAACACCCUCGUAUCGAACCUCAGAUUCCUCCUCCCCCUCGUCAUUCAAGUUACCGGGUCAGACGGCCUCGCUUCGAUAGCCAUGCGAGCAUAUUUUCAACCAUGUCUGGCGAACCCAACAUAUUUGACCUCAGUCGCCCCGAUGUUCCUGUGCCUUCUAUUGAAUUCCCAGCCUCAGAUACUAUGUCUGAACCCGAAAUCACAAGCUCUGAGUCCGUCUCAUCGGAGUUCUUACAGGUACCAACGUUAAGACGUAUGGAAUUCAAAACACCCCCAGCUCAGAUACGCACAGAGCCUUUCAACUUUCCUCGCGCCACUCCCGACCCUUCUGAGAAUGCUCAAGAGGAUCCAAUUGAGAGACCAAGCUCGAGGGCAUCUGACUCCUCCGUCUCUUCCAUUGAGACGUACACUACCCAGCCCUCUCUUGGUGGUAGCUGCACAAGCCCGGAAAGCGAGAUUUACGACCCCUUCAGCUUUCAGCUUGCUGAUACGAGCAAACACGUUCCUGAGACGCCUCCUACUAGUAACCCGAAUCGCGGAAAAUCGCUUGACCUGCCCAAAAGAAAGACAAGAUGGAAUGCGGACAUGGAUAACCAUCUGUGGAAUACUUAUCAGAUGUAUCUGCAAGAUCCCACAAAUACUCCGUUCAAGACUCUUCCUGGGAGCCUUCCCCCCCUUGGGGUGUCUCAUCGAGUUGCUCGUGAAGCAAAGAAGACAUGGGCUCGCGUGAAGUCAAGGAAAGCACAGGAAACAGUUGCAGUUGGCCCAGGAUCGGUUUCUGUCGAUAAUGAACAGUCAAUCAACCCUGCCGGAGACAGGAGCGGAAGUUGCACACCUACCGCUAAGAAGCCCACUAUGUCUCGUUGGCCAAGAUCCGAAGCAGCUACACGACGACGACUCAAGUAUCUCUGCAAACGCAAGCUCUCAAUUGCUCCACACUAUCAGCGAUUACUCCAGUCUCGUAGCCCUUCACCGUUCUUGGAUGUGUUCUCAGCGCCUCCUCGAAGACCGAUCGACUUAGCAAUUGACCACAGUUCCUCAGCCGCCUUCAUGACACGCGAUCUCGGCGUCUCUUUAGUCUCGAGCUCUUUGCCAACUGAUUUUGCGAGUUUCGGCACCGCUGAACUGACUACUCACCAGCCGCUUCCUCAUCAGGCUAAGACCUUGCAGUCUCCCCAACAAGACUCUAACACUCCGGUCUCCGUUAUUUCCAGCCAUCUUUCUGCUGCUCAGGAGCCAUUCCCCCGUCUUGGAUCCCCUUUCAUGUAUAACACAUGGGGUCCUGAAACCUCGCGUCGCGAAGCUCAUGGUGCAGCUGCUCGUGGCCUAAGAAGAGACACCAUUCAUGUUACUGGAUCAAGAUUAAGGUCACCUCCUCGAAUGGACGUGCCUUCAAAUGUUCACAAACGCCGAGCACACCAUCGUCUGGAAUCCAGUCCCAAUCCCAGUGACAUUCAGCGCGGCAUUCGGGACCUAGUUCGGGAUGGAAAACUCAAGGACGGCCAGCGACGCGUACGGCUUCGCAAUCGUGGCAACACGACUAGUGGUGGCUUCAGUUCCAAAGAACGCAUCGAACAACUCUUCUCACCGACCUCCCCUUUUACCUUCCCUGGCAAUCAACCCAGCUCUCCACAAGUGUCUCAGGAUCUCCUUCGUCCUCGCGCUGAGACUAUUCGCCGUCUUGGCUCACCUUUCCAACCUGAAUCCGGUCCUCAUUUUCAACAUCCUCGAUCUCCAAGACACGCCCCGUCAAUGUCCGAUCCUUUCAUGAAUUCUUCCAUGAAGUCACAAAUACACCUUCAGCAUCACGGUGAAAAUGCUCCUUCUGAAUCCCGUGUGGCCCCAGGCAGACUUCCGUACGAUCCUACUGAGGAAGGAAUUUCUGAUGCGGAAAGGAUCCGGCGCCAAAUCUUGAAUUUACCAUUUACCAAGAAUUCGAUGGUACGUUACAAACCUAUAUUCGAGAGUUCCGUGCUCUGA